GAGAGAGGAAGAGAGAGAGAAGGAGAGCUUAGUGGCGAGGCAGCAGUGCCGCUGACAAGAGUGGAGGGACCCCGUGGACGAGGUUAUUUCCACCACUUACUCUUUGCUCUCUCCUUUCUCACAGCUGAACCUGCGUCUUUUCAAAACGGACUAAGACACCGACACACCGGGACUAGAAGCAAAACCCUAUCCACCUAUCGCCUGGACUUCUGUGAUUAAUCCGCAAACGUUGUUGUGGUGGUGGUGGAGGGCGGGAGGGGGCUUCUCAUUUCCCCCAAAGCAAGGACCUUGGAGUUUUUGUGUGUAUAUGUGUUUGAGUUUUACGUGUUACUUGUAAUGAGGAAAAGUGGACAGAGAAGUGGAAUAGGACACGGAGGCGGCAGCUUGGUGAGGAUGUGCGCCGCACCGGGGAUCCUGGUUCUCUUGGUGCUCUUAAACCCAGGAGUCGCCCAAGUGAGAGAUGAUGAUGAUUUCCUGAGUCUGGGCGAGCUUCCUGAAACCUUCCCCUCUGACCCUCCGGAGCCCUUACCUCACUUCCUAUUUGAACCCGAGGAGGGCUACAUUGUCAAGAACAAGCCUGUUAAUCUGUACUGCAAGGCCACGCCCGCCACGCAGAUUUACUUCAAGUGCAACAGCGAGUGGGUCCAUCAAAAGGACCACACUGUGGAAGAGAGAGUGGAUGAAAACUCAGGUCUGGUGGUGAGAGAAGCCAGUAUAGAAAUCACACGGCAGCAGGUGGAGGAGCUGUUUGGUCCAGAAGAUUACUGGUGUCAGUGUGUGGCCUGGAGCUCCGCUGGAACCACCAAGAGCCGCAAGGCACACGUCCGCAUCGCAUACCUGAAGAAGUCGUUUGAGCAGGAACCCCUGGGAAAGGAAGUGUCUUUGGAGCAAGAAGUGCUGUUACAGUGUCGUCCUCCGGAGGGCAUACCAGCUGCUGAGGUGGAGUGGUUGAAGAAUGAAGAGAUAAUUGACCCAGCAGAGGACAGAAACUUCUACAUCACCAUUGACCACAACCUGAUCAUCAAACAGGCUCGUCUGUCCGACACUGCCAACUACACCUGUGUGGCUAAAAAUAUAGUGGCCAAAAGACGGAGCACCACAGCUACUGUUAUCGUUUAUGUGAAUGGUGGUUGGUCGACGUGGACAGAGUGGUCGGUGUGUAACAGCCGUUGUGGGCGGGGCUUCCAGAAACGGACACGAAGCUGCACAAACCCCGCCCCCCUUAAUGGAGGAUUGCCCUGUGAUGGACAAGCCAUUCAGAAGCUGGCUUGUACUACACUAUGCACUGUGGAUGGUGUGUGGACAGAGUGGAGUAAGUGGUCGGCCUGUGGGACAGAGUGUACCCAGUGGAGGAGACGGGAGUGCAACAAUCCAGCCCCGAAAAACGGAGGAAAGGACUGCGAGGGGCUGGUGCUCCAGUCUCAGAACUGCACUGAUGGACUCUGUAUGCAAAGUUCAUUGUUUCAGAAGUCAACUGAGCCCAAAGAAAAGAGUGAUUUGGGAUUCACAUCUGCUCCCAGUACAGAUGAUGUGGCUCUGUAUGUGGGCAUUGUCAUCGCCGUCAUUAUGUGCCUGGUCAUCUCUGUCAUCGUUGCACUCUUUGUCUACCGCAAGACACACCGUGACUUUGACUCGGACAUCAUUGACACCUCAGCGCUAAAUGGAGGGUUCCAGUCUGUUAAUAUCAAAACAGCCCGAUCAGCUGAUCUUCUGACGGCUCCUCCUGACUUGACCAAUGCCGCAGCCAUGUAUCGUGGUCCUGUGUACGCACUACACGACGUAUCUGACAAAAUCCCUAUGACCAACUCUCCUCUCUUGGACCCCCUGCCGAACCUGAAGAUCAAAGUCUACAACUCUUCAGGUCUGGUCACACCGCAGGAUGACCUAGGAGGGGACUUCACAUCUAAACUGUCUCCUAAGGUAACCCAGUCUCUGUUGGAUAACAGCGAUACCAUGAACUUUCGCAGCCAGAGCUUGGCCCGAUCACGAGACCCUUCUUGCACUGCUCAUGGAUCUUUCAACAACCAGGGAGGACACCUCAUUGUACCCAACUCUGGUGUCAGCUUACUUGUUCCAGCAGGAGCCGUUCCUCAGGGCAGAGUGUAUGAGAUGUAUGUGACUGUGCACAGGAAGGAUAGCUUGAGACCCCCAGUGGAGGACAUCCAGACAGUGCUGAGUCCGGUGGUGAGCUGUGGGCCACCAGGAGCCCUGCUGACCAGACCAGUGAUCCUCACCAUCCACCACUGUGCUGACAACGACCAGGAAGACUGGCUCAUACAGCUGAAAAACCAACUGGCCAUGGGGGAGUGGGAGGAUGUAGUGGUGGUGGGAGAGGAGAACUUCACCACCCCCUGCUAUGUGCAGAUGGACUCGGAGGCGUGCCACAUCCUUACAGAGACCCUGGGGACCUACUGCUUGGUGGGCCAGUCAGUCAGCAAGGCAGCCGCCAAGAGGCUCAAACUGGCUGUGUUUGGACCAGUAUCCUGCACGACACUGGACUAUCACAUCAGGGUGUACUGUCUGGACGAUACACAGGACGCACUCAAGGAGGUUCUUCAGAUGGAGACCCAGAUGGGAGGGAAGCUGUUGGAUGAGCCAAAGACUCUGAACUUUAAAGACAGCACACACAAUCUGAGACUGUCUAUCCACGACGUACCACACACACACUGGAAGAGCAAACUGAUUGCUAAGUAUCAGGAGAUCCCGUUCUACCAGGUGUGGAGCGGCAGCCAGAGAACGCUCCACUGUACCUUCACCCUGGAGAGACUGAGCUCGGCCACCACAGAGAUCAGCUGUAAACUGUGUGUACGGCAGGUGGAAGGAGAGGGACAGAUCUUUCAGCUCAGCAACACAUUGGAGGAGGAGGUCCAGUGCAUAGACACAUCCCUGAUGGACCCAGCCAGUAGCAUCACUACUUUAGUGGGGCCCAAUGCCUUUCGGAUCCCUUUGUCCAUUAGACAGAAGCUGUGUGGCAGUUUGGACGCACCGCAGACCAGAGGCAACGACUGGAGGAUGCUGGCCCACAAACUGAACCUUGACAGGUACCUGAACUACUUUGCCACCAAGUCCAGUCCGACAGGAGUGAUCCUGGAUCUUUGGGAAGCGCAGCACUUCCCUGAUGGAGACCUCAACGAACUGGCCGCUGUGCUGGAAGAGAUGGGCCGCCAUGAUGGCAACCUCACCUCCAUGACAACGGAACACUGACAAAGAAACAUGGUUACCAUGACAAUGACAGACUCUGGGGACAAUGACAAGUGAAUUCUAUAUGGUUGACACAGCAGCAAGGGCAAAAGAGUUUGAUAUGAGAGAAGAAAAGUUGUCACUAUGGUGAUUGAGUGCUGGCGAAAUACCAUGGUAAUCAUGCUGACAUGAUAAACAGAACGUGAAGACAGCGUUUGAGUGAUUCUGCUGGAACAGCUUGUGUGUGUGUGUGUGUGUGUGUGUGUUGUUACAGUGUCACGUGUGACUGAAGAAGAAAUAACCCUACCUGCCACACAAAGACAGUCAAUCAGGAACAAACAGAACAUACACACGCCGGAAAAAGACGUUGUCUAUUAUAACACCGUUGUUCUCUUGCCAUUAUUUUAGAGUGAACAGAAAGAAACGAGAGGAAGAAAGCGUCGUACAGGUUUUGACCUUGAAAACCACUGUCAGAACAGGGCAGAAACAUAAGGAGAGAAAGGAAGCAAAAAGUGGGAAAGAAGAUGAGUGAGAGAGAUGAUGAGCUUAGUAAGAGAAUAAAAAUAGAGAGAAGCUAACAUGGAAAAAUCAGCAGUAGGAGCAGAAUGGAAAACGGAGAGAGGAGAGGGGAGAUAAAGAGGUGAUCCUCUCCUCUCUUGUGAGCCUUGGCUGUACGUGUUUGCCAGUACAGUUUGUUGUCUUUAUAUCGUUUCCUAGGGAACACUCUAUAUGUAUUCUGCUGUCCAUAUGUGUGGAUCAUUUCCUGCUAACAGAAUUUGCUACACAUUGACUGUCAAUCAAGGACCCUGACAAGAAACAAGCCCAAGGGAAUAGCUUCCACUUGCUGGCUGCGAUGCAAUGUGAAAAAAAAUACUAAAUCUUCACAGUUGAUGAUUAAUUUCUUCAUGCUCAUCUAAUGUUAAGAUGUAGGCAAAUGUCUUUGAUGAAUUUUAAUAGUGUUUCUACACCGUAGCCAAAAAGUGGAGAUCAUAAACUGAACUAUCUCUCUGCCAAGGGCCUAACUUUACCAGUUCCUCAGAAUCAAUACAUAACCUGAAGUAAAGUAAUUUUAAUUUUAAGAUUUUUUUUUUUUUUUGUGAAGAUUCUUAGUUGCUUUCAAUGAUAUAUUGGUUGUAACAGUGUGAAAUUGGCUGCAUUGCUCUGCGUUUAUGAAAUUUGCCGUUAUGAUCAACUGAUAAACAGGAGGCAAAAAUACAAACUCAUUUCUCAUUUGAGUUCCAGAAUAUGUUUGCUUCAUUGCAAUCACUGUGUUUUCCAGUUUCAUCUUUUGAUCAAGAAGGCGAAUUUCUCAUGCACCAAAAAAACAAAACAAAAAACAAAACAAAACAAAAAAACACAAUUUGCACUACAGCUACACUUCCUUCAACAGAGAUUUUACACAAGCCAUUGCAAAGCAAGGAAGCAAAAAUGAUUGCACAUGAUUGCGCACUGCAGAAGUUCCACUGUUAAGAUGCUCACUACAGUGCUGGAGCUGAAUUGUUCCUCCCCAGAAAGGAGUUGUUGGGACAAUGCUGCAGCGCUGAUACAGGAUAGAUGCAGGGUAUGGGAACCUCUGCUAUGGCUGCGUGUGGAUGACAUGUUUGGGUAGUGUCCCGUCCUGGCUGAGAGAGUCUCCAUUAAAGACUGGGCUCUCAGUUAGGGCUUGUUUCUUGACAGGGUCAGUCUCGGAGAAAAGAGGGAGGAAGCAAAAAAGGGAUAAACUAGAAAUGAAAAGACAAGUGUUUUAAAUAAAGUAGUCUAGUAAUUAUGUGAUAGUGAAUCAAAUUACAGCUGAUAUCAUUCAUUACCGCUAAAUGUACCCUAUAUACUGAUUUUAUCAAUCAUAUUUUAAUUUUUAAACUAUAUAUACAUAUAUUUGGUGUUCCAUCAUCACAGGAUGUUGGUAUUGGCCCUAUAUUGUUUUAUCUACCCUGAGCCUUUAUAUGUGAUUUAAUUUGUGAUCACCACCAUGACUUUGUUGGUCACUAGCGCCAUCCAGUGGCCUUUGAGGAACAACAGCAUUUACAAUUUCGAUCGUCUGAAAUCUGUAAAUACAUGAUUAUCAUGUUCAUCUUAAUGGCAUUAUAUUACCAUAAUAUGUUUGUUCUGUGAUCAUUAUUGUGUUAUUUGUUAUCAUUUUACCUUUUUUUAUGUUUCCUAUAGGUGUGGACUGUAUGGAGAGAAAACAACAACAUGUAACAUAUCAGUUAGUUGCCCUUUAUCUAAACAGCAUCUAACAUUCCAACAUUUGUUGCAAAAGUUGCAUUCAAUAAGUAAAACAUCCAGAGAACAACUAACGGUGUACAAUGAAAUGUAACAUAUUUGUGUUUUGCAGAACAACAUUGUGAAUCAACGCUGGUUGUUCAACUCAUACGAUCCAUAUGUUUGCAAUGAGUGGGGUCAACAGAGAAUUGUUAGUGUAAUGCUGCUGUCUGAUGGAAAUAUCAUAUCUUCAUAUCUCCUACAAGCCAGUUUUGCAGGAAUGAAAAAAAAAAAAAA